CGCCGCCCUCCGAUGGGAGAGAGGCAUUACGUCACUUCGUCUUUCUGCAAACGCCGUCAAGUUCGCCCACAUUCUCUGGGACACGACCGGAAACACAUGACGCGGACUUCAAAGUAAAACAGCUAUUUGCAAGCUACAAUGUUGCUUGGCUUGACACCGAGCCGCUGGCUGCUGUCUCACCGGCACCGCCUCCUCCAGUGUCGCACCGUAAAGUUAGAAAACACCGCAAGAAGUGCUGCUUUGGACAGCGUACUCUCUGCAUUCAGGUCUAUAUGUGGUGAGGACAGCGUCUCAUUGGGUGAAGCUGUCAGAGAGCAACAUGGUAAAGAUGAGUCUGUACACAGAUGCUGUCCCCCAGAUGUGGUGUUGUUUCCUCAUUGCGUGGAGGAGGUCAGCGCCCUGGCUAAGGUCUGCCACAACCACCGCCUUCCCAUCAUCCCCUUCGGCACUGGAACUGGCCUGGAGGGAGGGGUCGGUGCUGUGGAGGGUGGUGUGUGCUUCAGCCUGAGGAACAUGGACCAGGUUCUGGAUCUCCACCAGGAGGACUUUGACGUGACGGUGGAGCCUGGUGUGACUCGGAAGGCCCUCAACGCCUACCUGCGAGACACCGGCCUAUGGUUUCCUGUUGAUCCUGGUGCUGAUGCGUCUCUGUGUGGCAUGGCCGCCACCAGUGCCUCUGGUACCAAUGCAGUGCGUUACGGAACGAUGAGGGAAAACGUUCUAAAUCUGGAGGUGGUUCUGGCUGACGGGACAAUCAUACACACGGCUGGGAAGGGCCGACGCCCCAGGAAGACAUCAGCAGGCUACAACCUGACCAACUUGAUUGUGGGGUCAGAGGGUACCCUGGGGAUCAUCACCAAAACUACAUUGCGCCUGUACGGCAUCCCAGAGGCCAUGGUGUCAGCCGUCUGCUCUUUCCCCUCUGUCCAGGCUGCUGUGGAUAGCACAGUUCAGAUUCUACAAGCGGGAGUGCCCAUUGCUCGCAUCGAGUUUCUGGAUGAUGUGAUGAUUGAUGCGUGCAACAGAUUCAGCUCUCUGUCCUACCCUGUGACCCCGACGCUGUUCCUGGAGUUCCACGGCUCUGAGCGAAGCCUCGAGGAACAGGUCAACACAACUGAGGACAUCACUCAGAGUAAUGGUGGAUCAGAUUUUCAGUGGGCUAGAGAUACAGAAACACGGAACCGUCUGUGGAAAGCUCGUCAUGAUGCCUGGUACGCUGCUUUGGCUCUCAGACCUGGCUGCAAGGCCUACGCUACAGAUGUGUGUGUCCCUCUGUCUCGACUGCCUCAGAUCAUAGUGGAGACAAAGGAGGACCUGAUUGAGAACAGACUUACAGGUCCCAUAGCUGGUCAUGUGGGUGAUGGUAACUUUCACUGUCUGAUGGUGGUGGACCCCAGUGACCCAGAGGAGCAGCACAGGGUCCACCUGUUCACGGAGAGACUGGCCAGGCGAGCCCUGGCCAUGGACGGGACCUGUACAGGGGAGCACGGAGUGGGUUUAGGGAAGAGAGCGCUGCUGCGUGAGGAGAUGGGACACAUGGCUAUCCAGGUCAUGCAGAGUCUCAAGGAUGCCCUCGACCCAAAGAACCUGAUGAAUCCUGGGAAAAUUCUGCAGCCUAGAGAAUUAUAAACCGUAUUUGAGUCUGAAGGAAAGUCACUAAAUAGAGAGAGUCUCAUCACAAUCUGCUCACUGUUAAUGGCUUAAUCAGACUGAAUGGCUUUUUUUAAUGUAUUGCAUAUAAAGUGUUUCCUGUAUAAGCUCUUUGAUUGUGUGACUAAGAUAUAGGCCUACUACAGUGUAUAUUUGUAAGUUAUCUUACACCCCUUAAAAUUUAGAAGGCCUCACCACCCCCCUGUGAAGCUUUGGCGACCCCCAGGUUGGGAACCACUGCUUUAAACUUACAAUGACAAAAUAAACAAUCAGUAAUUGAAUCUUUUGCCAAUGACUGAUUUUCUACUUUUUAAAGAAAAGUUGAUUAUUGUGUUGAAUCUCAAUCUUUUGUUGCUUUUGUUUCUGCACAUCUUGAUAACUUAUUAUUUAAUAUCCAGCACAAAAUGUUAAUUCUUUGGCCGAUUUGUUACUUUUCCCUGAUUGUAAAGUGAAUAUCUUUGGGUGUUUGGACAGAUGAAACAAACAAUGUGAAGAUUAAAACAAUUAAAAGAUUAACGGAAAAUAAUAA